AUGAAGUUUGAAAUCAUCGGAUGGGCCCUCGUGGGUCUUCUGCAGCUCACCUCCGCUGCCCCCUCGAUUGUCAAGCGCCAGGCCAGUGAGGCGGCCCCGGUUGGAUACGCCACCAUGAACGGAGUCACUACCGUCACUACGGAGGCCGGCUUGAUUGCUGCCGUCGCCGGUGAUGAGAAGAAGAUCGUCUACAUCAGCGGAACCAUCACUGGUACCUCCAUGGUCGACAUCGGCUCCAACACCAGUGUCCUUGGAAAGAACUCCGCCUCCGGCCUGGUUGGAAUCGGUCUUAGAAUCUGGAGGCACAACAACGUCAUCAUCCGCAACAUCAAGACGUCCAAGGUCCUCAAGCCGGUGGAUGCGAUCGGAAUCCAGGCGUCCAAGAACGUUUGGGUCGACCACGUUGAGUUCUCCUCCGACAUGACCCACAACAAGGACUACUACGAUGGUCUCCUCGACAUCACCCACGGAUCCGACUGGGUCACCGUCUCUUACUGCCACUUCCACGACCACUACAAGACCUCGCUAGUCGGCCACUCGGACAACAACGGUUCUGAAGACAAGGGACACUUGACGGUCACCUACAAGCACAACUACUUCCAGAACAUCAACUCGCGCGCGCCCUCGCUGCGCUUCGGAACCGGCCACGUCUUCAACAACUACUACGAGAACAUCAGCCUGGGCAUCAACACGCGCCAGGGUGCGCAGAUGCUCAUUCAGAACAACGUGUUCCAGAACGUCACCUCGCCGCUGUACGCCACCGACGAGGGCUUCGCCGUUGCCACCGGAAACGACUUUGGCGGCGGUGUCAACGAGGCCCCCGUAGGUACCCUUACCGCUAUGCCCUACAGCUUCACCCUCGCCGCGACCGCGGACACGAAGGCGCAGGUCAUCGCCGGUGCGGGAAAUAAGCUUACUAUCGCUUAA